UUAUAGUGUGUGCACACGUGUGUGUGUGUGUGUGUGAGAGAGAGAGAGAGAUCUGAGCCUGACGAUGUCUGCAGAUGAAGAUCAGAGUUUAAGUGCAGAGGAUCUGAGACAGAGACUUUACCAGAGUUUUAAACACAAAGGAGUUCUGGACUGUGUGAAGACGCAGCUCAGGAAUCAGCUGAUUGUGGAGCUUCAGCGUGAAGCUCUUUCUCGGAUGGUUUCGGACAAAUCCCAGUCUCUCUCACUUCUUGCCUCCAACAGCCUGGUGAUCCAUCACCUCCAGAGCUCUGGCUAUGAGUACACCCUGUCUGUCUUCUACCCUGAGUGUGGGAUCAGCAAGGAGAAGGUUUUUUCAACAAAGGACAUUCUUCAGCUUCUGAGAAUCAGCCCACGAUCUCCAGCAUACAGACAUCUGGUGACAGAUGAUCACAGUGGACAGAAAGGUUUAUUAAUAAAUCUACUGACCGAGUUCACGGACCAUCGGCUUGAGACGCGAGUGUGUGACGCUGAAACACAGACAUCAGGCGAUCACAGCGAGUCCCUCGUGAGGAAGAUGCAGGUGAUUGAUGAAGAGUAUGAGCUCCUGAGGCAGAGAGGACAGCGCUGGGCUUCAGUGGAGCUGAAACUGGCUGAAUACAGGAAGCAAAUGGAGGAGCAGGCAGAGGUGGAGCUGAAAUCCAAGAUUCAGCAUUUCCAGGAGGUGGAGAUUUCACGAAUGCAGAUGGAAGAGAGGGAAAAAUUCCAGCAGGAGCUGAUGGAGGUCCGACGACAGCUGGAGAGAAACUACGAGAUGAAAUCAGAGGCACUGAUGAACCGAGAGAAGAACGCCAUCGAGAGACUGCAGAGACAGCAGCAGUUGUUUUCGUGUGACUUGCAGAUUGAAGAAAAGGAAAUGUACAGCCAGCGUCAGGUUCUGCUGAAGGAGAUGGAGUCUGUUCACCACAGAGAAGCUGAGCUGAGACUCAGGAUGGAGACCUUCCAAAAGUCUUGUAAGCUGCAUGAGGAGAAGAUGAGAUGCUCAGAGGAGCUGUUGAGGAAGCAAGAGUUGGACGUGAGGAAGAUGGAAGAAACGUAUGACCUGAAGCUCAACAGUGAGAUCAGGAAGUAUCAGAUGGAGCUGAAGGAGGAUUACACCAGGAGGACUGAAGCCCUGAUGGAAAGCGAGAAGAGGAAUAAAGAGGAGACGGCCAGGAUUCAGAGGGAGGCUGUCGUCAUGGACACCAGGAGAGAGGAGCACCAACGAGUCAUGGGUCAGCUGGCCAGAGUGCAGGAGGAGCUGACAUCGGAGCGUGGGAAUGUGUGUGUGUUGGAGCAACAGAACGCAGUGCUUAAAGAAAAACUAGAGGGCGCUAAAGAUUACACAACCAUACAAAAUGAACGCAUGGAGCUGCAGGCUGAAGUUCAUCUGCUGAAGAAACAGCUGGAGGAAAGUCAGGAGGAGAAACGGAGACUCCAGCAAGAGUUAAACUCUCCGUCUCUGGAGCUGCUGAUGCUGCAGGCGGAGCUGAAAAGACUCGAAGCAGCUCGCAGUCUGGACCAGCAGGAGUUCCAGAACCAGAAGCAGGUCUUUCACAGCCAGCUUUCUCAGGAGGUGGAGCGAUGCUCCCAGUUACAGACUCAGCUCCUGGAGUGUGAGGAGAGGACCAGGUGGAUGUCCACACACACCGAAGAGCUCAAACAGCAGCUGAGACACACACAGCAAGCUCUUGAGAAUGAGGUUCUGAGGAACCCUAAACCCUCACUCAUGGACCCCUCUGUUCUCCAUCUGGACCCUGCUAGUGUGGCUCUCUCUGAUGUUGAAGGUUACCAUGACCAUUUGUGUGACCCAGGAAUAGCCACCAGAGGGCGGCGCUCACAGACCUCGGGUGAGGAGGCGGUAACAGCAGCACUUGCCAGAAUCCAGGACCUGGAAAAGGAGGCAGAGUCUUUGGAGGAAGCUUACAGAAACUACAGACGAAAAGGGGUCGUGUCUCAACUUCCACUCAAGGCCACUUCCUCUCCUGCUUGUGCCCCUUUGACCUUUAUCAGGGCAACAGGAGCAGCGACCAGAGUUUUUACAGAAGAAGUUUACACAGCCACAGAACUGAACCAGCAGCUGCCUGGUAACAUGACUCCGCCCACACUGGGCUCUCCACAAAUCAGACGCCUCUCGUCCACUCCAGUCUCCGCCUCCAAGACCAAGCCAAGAGCACACACUGAGCAAGUGAUGUUUUCAGGUUUGAGUUCUCAGAGAGAAAUGUCUCCGAUCCCUGUGGUCAGUUCAGAAGAACACACACACAUCACACCACCAAGCAGUCCUCAGCUGAAGAGCACAGCCCUGGAUAACAGUCCUCCAAACCUGCCAACGAGCUCCAGUUCGUCCCAAGCGUCGUCACCUCAGCCAGAAAAAAUCAGCAUUCAGGACCUGACGGCACUUCAACCUGAUUUGCCAGACGGUUCAGAGCAGCAUCAGGACCAGCAGAUGGACGAAACACACACACACACACGACAGGACAAUGUAGUUCAGCCAGCUACUGAAAAGAAGUCUAAGAAAGAAGAGGAGAGGAGGAUGAAUGAGGAAGAGGUCUGGAGGUGGCAGGAGGAGAGGAGGAUGAAGGAGGAGAGGAGACAGAGGGAGAAAGAGGAGGUUCUGGAGAGAGAGAGGAGCGAAAUGGAGAGACUUCAGGAGGAUUUUCACGUCCCAGAGGAGGAGAAGACAGGAGGAGCGACUGAGAUCACAGACAUGAGGACUGAAGUGAAGAUGGUGGAAGAGACAGGAGGAGAGACAGAGGAGGCUCAGAAGGAUCCACUACACAGAUACAUGCUGAUGGUGAUGCAGGGGAGAGAGAAGGAGAGAGAGCAGAAGAAAGAUGAAUCUGGGAGCCAGAGUCCUGAACCAGUAGUGAUGUCUGACCCCAAGGACGACAGCAUCGCCACUUUCUCCCACGAGGAUGCUGAUGAUGAUUUCUGGUGACGAUCCUUCAGUUUUAUGUUUUUAUUGUUUUUGUAGUUUAGUGUAAUUAACUUUGUGUUUGACUGCUGUUUAAAUCACACGACUAUAAACGAUUAUUUAUAACUAUUAGUAUGUAACAGAUUAUACUUUUGUAAUUAUUUAUUAGAAUGUUCUUUUUUUUUUAAAUAAAUUUGCUGUGAAAUCUUUUCCUAA